AGCUGCUGAUGGCUUUGUUGAUUAAUUUCUUCUCCCUCCAACACCGUCGGCCAUGGCGGAGACCAACGGAGUCAGCACCGAUGCCGCGGCGAACACCGCGCCUGCGGCGGACACCGCGGCGAAUAGCGGGGAGAGUGCCGCGAAGGCAGAUGCAGGCACGGACAAGACAUCUGCAGAAGCGAUGCUGCUGCAAAUGGUCAGUAAGCCGAGCGAUGAUGCCAAACCAGGCGAUGAGAAGCCACAGACCUUGAUGGUCAUCGACUCAGACUCCGACAACGAAAAGAACAAGGCGGCGACCGCGCAAAAGACCACACCGACACCACCGGUGAAGCCCAUCAUCCCACCUGUUGCGCCAGCUGCCAUGCCACAGGCAGCAGAAAAACCAAAGAAGGACAAGAAGAAGAAGAAGAAAGCCAAAAGCUCAUCGUCUUCGGAUAGUGACAGCGAUGAUGAAGACGGACCGAAGAAGAAGAAAAGGAUAAACAACUUUAGCUCUCUACGAAAUAUCGAGAAGGAAAGGGCUGACGUGCGAAAGCAUCGGAAUGCCGGUGCUGAAGCUGCCCAAGCCAUGCUCAAGGCGAUCGGUGACAAUCCCUACUUUGCACCCUAGAGGAGAGAUCGUGACAUUGUGGCCGUGCUUCUUAGCUUGCUCUGCUAAGAAGCAGCGCGUGCGAAGAGAUGCACCAGAGACGUGUUUGAGUCUGUAGCCUGAUGACACUGAUAGCCUGUCCUAAUGGCUUUGUUCGGUGAUUUCUGAGAAUGAUUUGGCUUAGCCUCGCUUUGCGCAAGCAUCUCUUUCAACAUCUUUUGACAACACUGUCAGGG